AUGAAUAAAGUCCCCAUUCGAGUUUAUGGGAGAUUUAGACUGGGGGAUGUACUGGGAUCGGGUUCAUAUGCUGUCGUGUACCAUGCACGAAACAUCAUAAAUAAUGAUGUAGUUGCCAUAAAACUGGAACCUAUCAUCAAGAAUUCAUCCUCUCUGCAGCGUGAAUACUGCAUCUUGAAACAACUCGAAGGUGGAGUUGGCAUACCUCAUGUACUUUGGUUCGGCAGAGAGGCGACAUACCAUGCCAUGGCUCUCGACCUCCUUGGUUCAUCACUGCACAACAUAUUUCUUGCACACCAUCAGAAAUUCAACCUCGAUACUGUUGUCAAUCUUGGUGACCAACUGCUCACAUGUCUUGAGUAUAUUCACUCACAUAACUACAUCCAUGGCGACAUCAAACCACAAAAUGUCUUGAUGGGCCUUGACAAUUCAAGGCACACUGCUUUUAUCAUCGACUUUGGUAUUUCAAAGGAGUACUGCAACACAUCAACUCGAACACACAUCCCAUUUCGUCAUGAUCGACCUCUUACUGGCACCCCCGUGUUUGCCUCAAUCAACAACCAUUUAGGGGUCGAGCCAGGCCGCCAUGAUGAUAUUGAAUCACUGGCAUAUAUGUUAAUAUAUUUCUUGCGCGGCUCCCUUCCAUGGUUAUCUAAUGACCACGACAAGCUUUCUAGUACUGCCAUACUCGAGCGCAAAGUUAAUACUACGGUUGAAGCCUUGUGUCAUGGAAUUCCUGUUGAGUUUGCGAGUAUUCUUGUUUACUCGCGCUCUCUUGCAUUUUCAGAGGAUCCUGACCAUGACUAUCUUCGUUCAUUACUGCAUGGUCUUCUACUGCCACACACUUUCUUGUCCAGUCUGGGCAAAACAUCGUGCAGUGCUAGUGUUGCGGUCAAAGCGAAGUGA